CUCAGCCAACCAAAGCGUGGUUCCUGGUAUCCAUCACUGUGCGCUUUUGGUUGUCAGACACUCGGGAAGGUCAUGGCUGACUUUGGGUCUGAUAUUGACCUGUCUGGGGUUGACCCGAGCCCGGCAGAGGCUGCUGAGUUGCAGAGGAUGAUCGCGGUAGAGCAGCAGAAGGCGCAGUUUACGGCUCAGGUGCACAACUUUAUGGAUGUUUGCUGGGACAAGUGCAUAGACAGACCUGGCACAAAAUUGGACUCCAGAACUGAAAGCUGCCUUGUUAGCUGUGUAGAUAGAUUCAUUGAUACAACCCUGUCUAUUACCAACCGCUUUGCGCAGAUGGUACAGAAAGGAGCACAUUGAAUUCAGUCCCAGAUCACAGAUUUCUUAUUAUUGGUAUUAAUCAAUAUGAAGUGUAUUUGCUACCCGGCGCUCCACAACAGAUCAUCUCUUCAAAUGCGUGGAUAAUCUCCAGCAGACCACUUCUGUUAUGACAUUUUGUUUUGUAGAUCUUCAAUACAAACUAUCAGUUUUAGUUGGACAAGUCAACAUCCAUAAAUUUACAUUUUAAUGUAUUUGCUGUCUAAAUAACACGUUGAUUCUCAUCAUGAAUAUGUGAGAAGUUCAGUGUUAUGAAUGUAGAAUAAAUUGAUCGGAAUUCUA